AUGGAGCUGAUGACGCCGAAUCUUGUACACUGCAGCAACCGAAGUUGUGCCAAGUUUAUCAGGCCUUGUGAUAUCACAGCUGAUAUUGCAGUAUGCCAAGCGUGCCAAAAGGAAACCUGCGCCAUUUGCCAAAAUCCAAGGCAUAAUGGGGUGUGCCCGAAAGAUCCAUCAAUUCAGGCACUGAUAAAAGUGGCUACUGAAGAGGAGUGGCAGUGGUGUCCUAACUGCAGAACAAUGGUCGAGCUAAACCGUGGCUGGAGGAUUUGA